UGAGUGCGUUGUCUUGGACAUGGACGUGAGCCGAUGACGACGUGGCGAUCACAAAAUCGAUCAUCCACAUAGCCACGGCAUCGUCAGACACAUACUUGAAGACAGAGAGCAGCCCACAGCAUAGCAACCAAAACUUACCUGUGGUCCAGUCAGAUAACAUCUCACAACUCUUUCUACCCUUGCAGCAAUUGCUCCACAUAAAUUUUUCUCAGCAAACGAAUAGAAUUCUAAUACUCAACCAUGGGCAAAGGAGGACGCAGCACACCCGCUUCGAAGCAACCCGACGAUGGAGUAUGGAGGUCUCCCUACAACCCGUUGGAUCCCAACGCUCCUGAACUUCCCACCAAGGGUCAAAUGAAGGCGGCUAUUCCUGCUCAUUGCUUCAAACGAUCGUACUUUUGGUCAAUGAUGUAUGUUGUUCAAGACACUAUCAUGUCAGCAGCAUUGGUCUAUGCUACCUCGCAGCUAUUAUCCACCCAAAUUCCUUCCGAUCCAGUUGAGAUUCUUGUGUGGGCUUUGGGAUGGUCUUUCUAUGGCUUCUGGCAAGGAGUGAUCCUUACAGGACACUGGGUCUUGGCUCAUGAAUGUGGACAUGGAGCAUUUUCUCCUUCUCAGACAUUUAAUGAUAUCUGGGGUUUCGUCAUGCAUCAGGCACUCUUGGUCCCCUACUUUGCCUGGCAGUACACUCAUGCCAAGCACCACCGUAGAACGAACCACCUUGUGGAUGGAGAAUCUCACGUGCCCUCCACUGCAGCGGACAAUGGACUUGGGCCAAACAACGAACGUCUCUCUUUCUACGCUGUCAUGCAUGAAGCCAUGGGAGAUGGUGCCUUUGCCGCCUUUCAGGUCUGGUCACACCUCGCCAUUGGAUGGCCACUGUAUCUUUUGGGAUUGGCAUCCACCGGCAAGGUCGACCACAAGGGAGAACCUCUUGGAGAUAGGAUUAUGGAUCACUUUCGACCCAACUCUCCCAUGUUCCCACCCAAGUUGGAAACCAAGAUUUUGAUGUCAACCGUCACCGUCGUGGCUACCUUGAUUGGACUCGGAUACCUCAUGUACCAAGUUGGUCCCAUGCCUGUCAUUUUGUGGUACUGGAACCCUUACUUGGUCACCAAUGCUUGGUUGGUCCUCUACACAUGGUUGCAACACUCGGACCCAUCCAUUCCUCAUUACGGAGAAGGACACUGGACAUGGGUUUUGGGAGGACUCAGUACCAUCGACAGACCCUACGGAAUCUUUGACUUUUUCCACCACCGCAUUGGAUCCACCCAUGUCGCCCAUCACCUGUUCCAUGAAAUGCCCUUUUACCACGCAAAGGAAGCCACUGCUGCCCUCAAGGCAUACCUCGAACCCAAGGGACUCUACAACUACGACCCCACACCAUGGUACAAGGCCAUGUGGAGAAUUGCUCACACAUGCCACUACGUCGAAUCCAACGAAGGAAUUCAGUAUUACAAGUCCAUGGAGGAUGUCCCACUCACCAAGGUCCUCAGCAAGAAGGCCGACUAAUGGAUUGGUUGUGCUCUCUCAAUUUGCCUUGGCUUAUCCGGCUACACCGGUAGUACUACAAUAAGACUACUUUAAUUUAAAUGAUUUGUAUAUAAAGGAUUGGUUGGCAACC